ACUAGGCUGAUUUCAGGUCAGCUGAUGUUGACUUGGAAGAAGCUGGAGUGGCAUUUAAACCAGAACAAGAGUGGCUUUGCACUUAUUUAACUAAAUCAGUUAAAUUAGACCAGCACUAGUUAGACACAACCCCAAUUUUUCUCUUUGUAUGAAUGUACAUAUAAAGCUGGAUGAAAUAUUUUUGAUGAAUGGGAAAUUUCCCAAAACAUGCUGCUGUGGAGGUGCUAAAACUAUUUGCAACAUUUGGUUGAAUUUGGGUAAAAAAAGGGGUGGGGGAAUUUUGAAAAUACCAAAACAUUUCACUUCAACCUUUCGAAACAAAAACUCUUCAACUUGUUUCCUACAUGUGUAUGCUCUUUCCUUCCCUUUCUGUCCUUCUUCCUUUAAUCCAGAACACUUUUUCGUUUGCUAGAGAAGAGAAAUGAAGGCAGCUUUAAUGUAAAUGAGAACCAAGCCUUAAUUUCAUAAUUCUUUUUUCCUUAUAUGCAUCUGAUCAGCACAUGUUAGGAAAUACAGAGCACUCUGAAGAAUACUGAAUGUAGUUUUUCUAAAGGCACUAUUGAAGAGAUAACCUUAUCUUGCUCUCAGCCUGAGCCACUGUAUUAAUCAAGAUGCAACCUAUGGAUUAAAACAGGCAGAAAGAUUAUGCUGAAAAUAAAAGAGGACAUUUAUUUUUCAAUAUAAGAUCAGAGAUAAUUUCAGCAGGAAUUGCUCUCUGAUUAGUGCUCGAGUGCAUUUUUGACUCGGCAGACAGCAUCGGUGAUUGAUGCUGUCAUAACAUUAUGUAACAUUCUUACGCUGAAAGCAUGAGUUGAGGAGGUAUCAGGAAGAGAAGAAGCUCUCCUUAUUCUGAAGGGACUCGCCUUUCUUCAGUUUCGAAGAUUUUCACAGCUGCUGCCAACACAGAUUUCUGACAUGCUUGGUGUUUUAAUCAUUUCACGGUUAAGAAAUGGGUUGGCCAAAGCCCUCAGUGAACACUCACCUCCAAGGCAUGUCUUGCCUUUAUGGAAUGCUGGACCUGGGCUUGGCUGGCAGACAGCCCAACUGAUGUGUUUUUAAAGCAGUUAGCACCAAUGGCAAUUUGCCAGCUGAAAAAGGCAGAGCACAGUCCAGCGUUUCACAGUGGGUGACAUUUAUCUUAAAGUUGCUCCUCACUAUGUCCCCAAGGUCAGGGGUUCCUAGGAUCAUAGGAAAGUAGGGCUGGAAGGGACCUCACCAAGUCAUCUAGUCCACCCCUGUGAUCAAGGCAAGGUUAUCCCUGACUAAACCAUCCCAGACAAGUGUUUGUCUAACCUGCUCUUGAAAACUUCCAAGGAUGGAGAUUCUACAGUUUCUCUAGGUAGCCUGCUCCAAUGCUUGACCACCCUUAUAGUCAGAACAUUCCUGCUAAAGUUCUGACUAUUCUAGCUUCAUCUACAGAGAGAUCAAAAAGAACAGGCCAGAGGGCCUUGGUCCUAGCCGAGAGGGAGCAGGUAUUCCUUGAGGCUGGAUGGAUCCUGUGCUUACUCUAAAAUACGGGAUUCUUUGUACUGAUUUCACCGCACACUGCAUUAGGCUCAGGACUUGCACUUGAGGCCUGGUGCAGUCCUCACCUGGAUAGGGAGCUCAAAUGAACUUUCCCUCAUCUGUUUGAUUUGCAAAUGAAGACCACCAGACAAAAGAGAAAGCCAGCAAUAUUGAGGAGCAGGGCAUAUAAAGCCAAUAGGCCGUAUCAUGCCUCUUGCCACACAGUUUGUAGCAGGAGAAGAGAGAAGCAUGCCAAAUCCACAGAGUAAAGUGUACCUAGGCUUGCAGGAGGCAGGGGUCUGGAGGCCCAUGAUGGAGAUGGCACAUCUUCCAAAUCCCUAACACCUGAGACCUACAGGCCCUGGGGGCUGGAUCAAGUACUAGGCACUGCUUAGGACCCCAGUUCCUGGAAACCUAUUACUAGAUCACAGUUUUAGCAUUCACUACAAAACAGCUGUGCUUCCAGCCAAGUGAGAAUUACACACAAGCUGAGAGAAGAGCUCCCCAGUGGGCAGGUGACCUGCCAUCUUCAUCUCUGAGCUGAGGCUGGCCACCACCUCAGGGAGAGCAGCUCUCUCCUGUGGGAUUAGGACAGGGGCUCCCCUGACUUGUAUAUGGGCCCCAGGCUGCCUUAACCUGGGACUUGAUUUAUUUCUGCCUAGGAAAUAAGUUCCACCCUUCAUGUGUGGAAAUGUGCCAGACACAAAGUGAUCAGAGAGGCACUAGGGGAAAAGGACCUUAAGGCCCCUUAGUCAACUGGAAACAGAAACACAUCCUGAAUAGCCAUUGCUAUUCCUUAUUCCUCUUGCCACCUCUGCUUUGACAAAUGGAUGCAGUAGGGUUAUGGGGAAAUCUAUCACUACCUGCUUAAAUAUUACUCUGCCUGUGACAAAUUAAAGCUAUACCAACAAGGUAUUGAUAAGGAUCAAGUGCAGUGGACAGUGAGCCAGAUCCUCACCAGAGGUAAAUUGGUAAAUCUCCACUGACAUCACUGGGCCCAAAUCCAGGUGGUAUAAAUCAUUGUCCUUCCAUUGAAGUUAAUGGAGCAAUAUUGGUUGAGAUGUUGGAUGACAAUCUAGCCCAAUAUUUUUGGGUUUGCUGGGUGGGGGCAGCUCUGAGCUAUGUCUCAGCCUCACCAGGGUGGAUGGGUCCCUGGCUGCUUUACCAGAUUGUGAGUGAACCACCCAAACAAUGGGUAUUUCAAAAUCACCUGGCACUCUUUCAACUAUUUGGCAGGGAAACACAGAGCGUGUUAUGCCUCUGGAAUUUCACUCAGCUUGCUGCUCCUCCCACCAGGCACCUGCUUCAGCCCUCCCACCCCUUCCCCUCCUACUUCCCUGAUGUUUCUAGGUGCCACUUACACCACAGCAGGAGGUCUCUGGACAACAGCUUCUUAGCCAUGGCUGUGAAGGUUUCCCAUUGGCAUAACUAUCUCAGAGUGAUACUGUCCAGGGAGGACCAGAGGAUGGAGCAUUUCCAAAGGGCAGAGAACAUCCUGCUGACUGUGUUAGAGGAAGUUAAUGCCAUCGAUCCCAGGUUUUUAGUGGAUUAUUCGAGAAACCUGGAAGCCUUUGAAUUUGCCCUCUGCUCCUCAGAGGAUGAAGUGACUGUUGAGGUUCCCCUGUGGCUUAAUGGCGAUGACCUCUUGAUGAAGGAGGGCUCAGGUCACUGGAGCCAGUCUGGAAGGGGUACCAGCAGACACUAUCCAGUAUCAGACUUCUGCUACUUAGGAGUGCCCAAGGAAGGAGCUGGCUUGGAAAACUGGACCAGUAAAGAUGUAUUCAGUACAGCAGACAGUGCUGAAUGCAGUGGGUACAUAGUCCCAGGCAAGGUUCUCAGACUCCUGAGGGAACUCAUUGUUGCUGCCAUUGUACACUGCAAGCACCAGUUCCUCAUCCAACCAGGUGACCUCAGUGCUGAGAGACUGAAGGAAGAAAGCAUGCAGCUGCCUCUGCUAGUGUCCAGUGGUUGGAAGAUUAUCCAGUUCAACCUCAUCCCAGUUGUGAAGAGAACACAGGCAAAUCUUAAACUUAGCAGCAGCAGAUGGAGAGAAAGAGGAUUUCCAGAAGGCAGCCUGAGCAGAGUAACUCAAGGGGUGGACUUCAUCCCUGCCACAUAUCAUCACUGGAGGUACUCCACUAAUCGUCCUGUUGUGAGACUGCUCCACAUCAUGGGCACUAUGGAAGGUCACCGUUUAGACAGCCUCCGCCUUCUGGACCAGGUCAACAGUGAAGACUGGAGAGAAGAAGGCAAGAAGAGAGGACUCUCAUUCAAGCAUUUGGAGAUGGUGUUGCUGUGGGCCACGGAGCUGUUCCCUUCCCCUGAGGACUGGGAAGAACUAGAAGGAUCCAUCUAUCGGCUCCUUGUGAUCCUCCUUUGUAGUUUGGCAACCAAAAACCUACCCCACUUCCUGCGUCCUGAGGAAAACCUCUUCCAAGAAGAGGACCUAGACCUGACCACCUUAUACCACAAGGUGGAGGGGUUUGCCAGUACCCCACAGCGGUUCCUCAAGUUCCAUUUCACUCCCAUGGGGCAUAACAACCUUCAGCAGAAGGAUAUGGGCAUCCAGGCCUUGCUGCAGCUCCCAGCUAAGAACAGCAGCUACUGGGACACUGCCUUCUUCGAUGUCCUGCUUAGUAAGUUUCAGGUCUACCGGAUCCAGGACAAACAGAGGCUCUCUGCUAUGUCAAAUACUUUACUGAAGGCCAAGAAAGCAGUUCAUGACCAGAGCUGAGCCAUGUCCUGCAUUGCUGUUUCUGCUUUGAUCACAGCCCUCUUGCAGGAACCAAAAAUUCCUUGGGUAGUUCAACAAGGCAGAGAAAAGAGAAGGGGCAAUCAGAGCAGAGAGGAAAUAAGCUUGUGGUGAGGCCUGGGAUGGAUAGGUCAUGUCAGCAGAAGGGGAGAGGUGAUGGGCUCACUUAUGGAUUUUAUACAACCUCUGCCUUUUAAUGAGCAGGUGAAUAUACUCUGUGUAUGGUUUUCUGUUUAGGACACUCAGCAGUCCCUUAUCAUCAUACCAGUAGCUGAAUUCUCUGUACAUACUGUGCAAGCCCAGCUGGUUUCAAUUACACUAAAUAUUUUUUGUUAUUUGGACUGGAUCUUCUGCUGGGAAAUAUGGUGCUCCUGAGCAAAUCCAGUCACACAAAGACCUGUUGUGCCACAUGUCUCUGUUUAUUAAUAUAGUGUAUUCCACCCUCUGUUCACAUCGCACGUACUGGCAAAUUUACACAUGCACAUGGUGUUUGUUUUUGUAUGGUUUUGUAUAUCAAAUCCUGCAGUUAGAGCCUGGCAUCUGAUCCUAUGGUCCUGAUUGGUUUAAAAUACCUUUUUUGGAGGAUGUAGCUUCCUAAUUGCAGGACCACUGUGUGCUGGUGGCCUAGCCCCUGCUGGCUGUGGGGACAAUUGGGGCAGAAGCUGCAAGGAAGGAGAAGGAAGAAGUGGACAGGGCUGAA